AUGACAUGGUUGGUCAUUCUGCUCAUCUGUGUAGGGCAGCUUGAAGCCUCUAUAUCGGAUAUCUCAGCUCAAAACGAAAGCCACAUAGAGGAUGGGUUAUUGGUUCUUCUCCUUAAGCUGCGCCAGGAAGAAUUCUAUGACACCUUAAUUGUCUAUGGGGAGGAUUGUGUUUUUCAUUCAGUAAUAAGACACCUGGAUGUACCCACUGUGUUGGUGUCUUCAGGAAGCACCAGUUAUGAUUGGAACUUUAGUAGCCUCACAAUGAUACUAGGAUGCGGGCCUAAUGCAGAUCAAGAAGUCACAAAUCGAACCCUUAUAAAGCUGCAAAGAAACAGACGUUUGAUUUACCUACAAGGAGAUAUCCCACCAGAGAAUGUGUGUAAUAACUAUGCACAAAAGGAACAAUUCAAUAUAGCUAUGUUAAAAGAUGACUUUGAUAAGUCGCAAAUCAUAUACACUUGUCGCUACUUUCAAGAUCCUAACUUUGAGGAAAUAAGCUUAUCAGAGAAGAAACCAAUUUACAUUGAACAGUUCAGAAAUAUGCACGGAAAACCCAUAAGAACAAUGGCAGAUCUUUUUACCCCACGAUCCAUGCUAUAUACAGAUACUAAGACGAAUGAAACUAAGAUGACAGGGUAUGUGGCUAACUUAAUAUCAUAUUUUGUGCUAAAGGUGAAUGCCACAUUAAACCUUGAAGUCCUAGAGAGGAAUAGCAGCUUGAGAAACAUAUUGAAAAAAGUGAAAGAUGACCAGAUUGAUAUUGCGACUACUUUGGAGACAUCUUUACACGAAACUCCCCUUGAUACAGCCAGCUAUCCUUUCCUACUAACUACCUAUUGUCUAAUGCUUAAAGUUCCAUCCAAGUUGCCGUAUAAUGUGAUCUACGCUAUGAUAGUGGAUCGCCUGGUCCUUGUUAUAAUAUUCGUAAUGUUUUGCCUGAUCUCCGCCUUGCUUAUUUAUAGUGAAAAUAUGACAUGGAGGGAUCUGAGGCUUUCUAAUAUACUGCUUAAUGACGUAAGCCUGCGUGGCCUCUUAGGCCAAUCCCAUCCAUUUCCUUCUAAUGCAAGCAAGCCCUUAAGGAUGGUCUUCUGCAUCCUGUGCUUUGCCAGCAUCAUGAUGACUACUAUGUAUGAUGCCUAUCUGCAAUCUUUUUUCACGGAUCCUCCACCUGGACCUCACAUUCGUUCCUUCAGGGACUUUGGUAAAUUCAAUCAAAAGAUUGCUAUCACUAGAAUAGAGGUCAAUGUGCUGACGAGCUCAAACAACUCACAAUUUCGUGAAAUUCCAAAAGAUUACUUGAAAGUCUUCGAUAACUGGCGGGACUGCAUUGCUCUCCGAGAUGCUUUUAACCUGAGCUACAAUUUCCUAGUCACUGGAGAUCGUUGGAGUGCUUAUGCGGAACAGCAGACGCUCUUUAAGGAACCUCUAUUUUAUUUCGCGAAGGACCUCUGCUUUUCACGUCUACUCUUCUUGUCGAUUCCCCUGCGGAAGCACCUGCCAUAUCGACACCUCUUUGAGGAUCAUAUGAUGAGGCAACAUGAGUUCGGUUUGGUGAACUACUGGAAGAGCCACAGCUUUUUCGAUAUGGUUAGAUUUGGCAAAGCACCGCUUAAGGACCUAAGCCAGCCGAAAGCCUACAAUAGAAGCCUUUUUUUGGAGGACAUAUCAUUCAUAAUGAAACUUUAUCUGGCAGCCGUCGGGGUGAGCAUUCUCUGCUUCCUGUCGGAAAUCGGAGGAGCAAAGUGGAGGCAAUGGCGUAAAUUGAGGAAUUAUACCUAA